AUUUCACAAAUCCAUUGCUCCCAUUCUUCUAAGUUUCUCACUCACCUCUAUCGACCUAGAGCUAUAUAGCUAGCAAUCCCAUUUUCAUUUGCAAAGCCCAUUCCUCUAUAUACUUCAAUUAGUUAUUAUCAUGGCCAUUGUUUCUGAGUUCUCAUUGUCUUCUCAUUAUCUUGGUUGUGAUGAUGAGAAGAAUGCUAAGGCUAUUCAGUUUAUUGAAGAAAUGACCCAAAAUCCUGACAGUGUGCAAGAGAGGGUACUGGCUGAGAUUUUGGGCCAAAACGGCGAAACCGAAUACCUGAAACGGUUUCAGCUUACUGGUGCAAAAGACCGUGAGACUUUCAAGUCUAAGGUUCCUAUUGUUAGUUAUGAAGAUUUGCAGCCUUAUAUUCAACGCAUUGCUAAUGGCGACCGUUCCCCUAUCUUAUGUGCUCACCCAAUCUCUGAAUUUCUCACUAGUUCUGGAACUUCCGGUGGAGAAAGAAAAUUGAUGCCAACCAUUGUUCAAGAUCAUGACCGCCGUCAAUUACUUUACAGCCUCCUCAUGCCAGUGAUGAGCCUAUACGUGCCUAAUUUGGACAAAGGCAAAGCUCUCAACUUCCUCUUCAUCAAAGCAGAAACCAAGACCCCAAGUGGCUUAGUGGCACGCCCAGUGCUUACCAGCUAUUACAAGAGCGACCACUUCAAGAACCGACCCUACGACCCAUACAACGUCUACACCAGUCCAAACGAAGCAAUCCUUUGCCCAGACUCCUUCCAAAGCAUGUACACUCAGAUGCUAUGCGGCCUCAUCAUGCGCCACGACGUCCUCCGUGUCGGUGCCGUCUUCGCCUCCGGCCUCCUCCGCGCCAUCCGCUUCCUCCAGCUAAAUUGGGAUCAAUUAGCACACGACAUCGCCACUGGGACCCUAAGCCCCAAAAUCACCGACCAUUCUCUCAAGGAGUGCAUGUCCAAGAUCCUGAAACCGGAUACGGAGCUUGCCAAUUUCGUCAGAAACGAAUGCGUCCAAGAAAAUUGGGAAAGAAUAAUCACAAGAAUUUGGCCUAACACGAAGUACCUUGACGUGAUUGUAACUGGCGCCAUGGCGCAGUAUAUUCCAACGCUUGAUUACUACAGCGGUGGGUUACCUCUAGCGUGCACCAUGUAUGCCUCGUCGGAGUGCUACUUCGGGCUUAACCUUAAGCCUAUUUGCAACCCCUCGGAUGUUUCUUACACCAUAAUGCCGAACAUGGGUUACUUCGAGUUCUUACCCCACAACGACUCAGCUUCAGCGCGUGGCUCCCACUCGCCAGAACCGCGCCUGGUGGAUCUAGCCCAAGUUGAAUACGGAAAGUUGUAUGAGUUAGUUAUAACUACCUAUUCGGGGCUGUGCCGUUACCGUGUAGGGGACAUUCUCCAAGUCACGGGGUUCCACAACAAAGCGCCGCAGUUCCGGUUCGUGAGGCGAAAGAACGUCUUAUUAAGCAUCGACUCGGAUAAAACCGACGAGGCGGAGCUCCAGAGAGCUGUGGAGAGUGCGUCGACGCUCCUGAAGGAGUUCGACACGAGCGUAGCGGAGUACACAAGCUUCGCCGACACGGGUUCCAUCCCUGGACACUACGUGAUAUACUGGGAGCUUUUGAUGAAGGAGGCUUCGAUGGCACCAUUACCAGAAGAGGUUCUGAACCAGUGUUGCUUGGCGAUGGAGGAAUCGCUUAACUCGGUCUAUCGACAGGGAAGAGUGGCGGACCGUUCUAUUGGGCCGUUGGAGAUUCGUGUUGUGAAGAGUGGAACGUUUGAGGAGCUUAUGGACUAUGCUAUUUCGAAAGGCGCGUCAAUUAACCAGUACAAGGUUCCGAGGUGCGUGAGCUUCACGCCCCUAACGGAGAUACUAAACUCUAGGGUGGUUUCUUCUUUCUAUGUUACCUUUUUGUUUCCCACUUCUACUAGUUGGCAUGUGGCUAGUGGAAAUUGAACAGUUAGUUGGUUGUCUGCGUUCAUGAAAUAAUUGCAGCUCGGUGCAUUAUGUAAUUGUCAUUUAUAUGUUGGCGGCCACUUAAAUGAAGUAAUGAAAAAUGACUUAUGCUGAA